AUUAAGGGAGAGCGAGUGGGAAGGAGAGAUAGAAAGUCAAAGAGAGGGAUGGGCUGUUGAAAGUGCUCUUUAGGAGGAAGAGGAGGAGGAGACGGAACAGAGGACAGAAGGACAGAAGAUAGACAGAGCUGCAGAUAGAGGAGAGAAGGAGCCAUGCCCAAUUUCAGCGGGACCUGGAAAAUGAAGAGCAGCGAGAAUUUUGACGAACUGCUCAAAGCUUUGGGUGUGAACGCGAUGCUCCGUAAAGUGGCCGGAGCUGCAGCCUCCAAACCCCACGUGGAGAUCAAGCAGAGCGGAGAACAUUUCUACAUCAAGACCUCCACCACCGUGCGCACCACCGAGAUCAGCUUCACCAUCGGGGAGGAGUUCACCGAGGAGACGGUGGACGGGCGCAAGUGCAGGAGCCUGGCCACGUGGGAGACCGACAACAAGAUCUACUGCUCCCAAGUUCUGCUGAGCGGCACCGGGCCCAAGACCUACUGGAGCCGUGAGCUGAGGGGGGACGAGCUGCAGCUGAUCUUUGGAGCAGACGACGUGGUGUGCACUCGGAUCUAUGUGCGAGCGUAGCACCAGACUUCUCCUCCUCCUGGUCCAGAGACUAAUGUGCCCUGGACUUCCUCUGAAUGUCAGCUGUUUCUACACAUUUUUCACAUGUUUGGUUGUGAGUGGGGCUGCACAAGAUAUCGCUAAAUUAUUACUGCAAUAUCCCUUUAAUCUGGAUCUUUUUACCUUUGUAUUCAUAGCCCAAAAUAAAAAUAAAAAAAUAAUAAUGUAGUCCACCUGUAGUUUUAAUGAUUUCUUUAUAAAGGUCCUAUAUCACAUAAAACUGACUCUUGUUAGUUAGAAUGUUGUUACCUGUUGAAUGUUGUAAUAUUGGCCCUUUAAGUUUUUAUCCAGGUUGUUCACUAUAUUUUGCUUUAGUCUUAAUGGUGCACCCCCUGGUUGACUAUAUGGAUAUAUUAUUUGCCUGAAAUGUUCCACAGUAUGGCAUUAAACUCAUCUAUCUCCAUGGAGACAAGCAGGUGAUGUCACAGGGUGAAGUUACAGGUCAGAUCUGCAGAGAGAAGACCCUGUUCUUUGUAAGGAUGCAUGACAAAGUUUGGGAUUUUUUUUGCAUGAAAAACACCAGUGAUUUAAUACAUGUAAGAUGAAUUAGUUUGAUGCCAAACAUUGGAACAUUCCAGACAAAGCAGUCACGUCUACAGGCGAGCAGGAGGUCGAACCAAGAUUAUGACAGCCUGAAUUGAAAUUAAAUUUACAUUUUUAAUUUAAUUGAACAUACAGUUUAAUACACUAAAGUAUUCAUGGGUUUUAACUUCCUGUUUAUAGGCGAAAUUUGGAAGACAUUUCUCCAUUCAAAACAUAUUUUGAAUUGUUAAUAGCUAUGGCAACAGUGUUACUUUUUCAUCACAAAAACUCAUGGACAGCAAUAAUUUUCCAUAUUUCAUCAUUGUGAUUGUAGGUGCUCCUGCCUACUCCAAAAAAAGACUGUUAUAAACAGUUGGGUUUAUUUCAUGAUUUAUAAGGUGAUGCUCAUACUGCUGUAAGUCAUAUUUGAUUUACUGAUUACAUUUCAAAAAUACAUUAUGGGCCAGUUUAGAUGAAGGGAUCAGUAAAGUGACUAUUUAGCUUAAAAUUUUACAAAUUUGAUCUUCAAGGGGCAGUAGAAUGUGAGUAACCACAUAUGUGGCUUUAUAAUAUUCAAGAAUAUGAUGUGAUUUCUCAUUUACUAAAGCUUUGUGUCAAGGAAAAUAACAUUCCAGACCUUUCAGCAUUAGUGCUGCAGCUAGUAUUAGCAUUUUGAAAUAUUAGGAAAGGGCUGGUCAGACUGGCAUGUAAUGGUAUCAGUCUGAAAUAUUUCAUCCAGAUGCCCCGUCACUGGUCCAGUCGCCCAAAAUCUACAGAAAUCACUGCUGUAGAACUGUGGUCAGUCUACAACACAAAGUGUUAAGCAGCAUAGUGUUAAGCAGCUGACAUUAGUGGAGGAUUUUGUAGUAUUAACCAUAGAUACGCAUAGAAAACCACUUUAAACAUUCCAUUAGUAAAAGGACGAGUCUGUGCACCUUUUACUU